AUGUCCAGUUUCACAACAAUAAAGACCCUGGGCUAUGUGCCACAGUUCUAUGGAUAUGUAUUGUCUCUGAAUCCAGCUGCCCUUGGCCCUCAUGACCUAGAUACCUUCAAGGCAAGAUGCCGGCCUCCCAUGUGCAAUUCCGAUGGAAUAUCUGCGAAACCCUUGCCAAUUAACUGCUGCACUUACAGCAAAGAGAGAAUGGCCAAGGCAGUCAAUGGUAUCCAACAGAUUCGUUCAGCUUUGGUUGAGCAUAAUGACCCUUAUCCUAAGAACAUUCUAAUUGUGCCUGGUGACCCGGAAAGAGUUAUGUGGAUAGAUUUUGAUGUUGCGAUCACUUAUCCGGAUAGCACCUACGUCAGAGACAGGGAACAUGGCUGA